GCAAUUCCCAAAGCUUUGACCAAAACACCGUCCGUGUUCGACAAUACAGAGUCAGAGCAAGGCGGUAGCCACGACGGAUAUUGAAUUUCCUGCCACGGCUAAAGACUGCGGAAGAUGGGCGAUUUACUUGAUUGGAUUAUCUCUUUCUUAUUUCUCGUUACUCUUCUCAUCAUCGUUAUUUACCAGCUGACAUGUUUGGCGGAUCUAGAGGCUGAUCACAUAAACCCUUACGAUUCAUCUACCAAAAUAAACCGGGUAAUUCUACCGGAAUUCGGUUUGCAAGGACUUCUAUGUGUGUAUUAUGUCUUAACCGGACAUUGGUUCAUGGCGAUUUUGUCUCUUCCUCACCUUUUCUACAACAUUAGACUAUACAUGAAAAAGGAAUAUUUGGCAGACGUUACAGAGAUGCACAAUACAAAUAAAGGGGAGCAAAAGAAACGACUUUACAAGAUUGGUCAUAUCGCUCUCUGCACUAUUAUCACAUCUUAUUGGUUGAUCCAUUCGGCAUUGGGAGACAUCUAAGGCUUGAGAAAUCAAAAUUACUGGAGUUGACCAACUUUUAUCUCUUACAUUUUAAUCACCGAUUCUUGAUGGAUUUUGUUGACCACGUCACAUCUUUACGUAGUUCUUGAUUUUUAUGAUUUAUGUUGUUUUAUUAUCUUUUUGGCUUUCUUGUUUUUUUAGUUCAUUUCACAACUCGUAAAGACGUUGAUCACUUGCUUAAACAUUUGAAACUAAUGUCGAAACAUUUUUUUUGGAAAGAAACUCUUGCC